UUGGUCCCAAAAGGCACCCCGGCCUUUUCCUCCCCCCUUUCUCUCUCAUCCUUCGCUGCCCUGCUCAGAACAACCCGGAGGGUUUCUUUCCUACAAUUCAAGCACCAUUUUCUCUCUGAAUUCUCACGCAAUCUCCGCGUUUUUGGUUGGAUCACUUCAAAUGGAGGAGGAAGUCCUUCAGAAUGUUCACUCGCCGCUAUCAGAUCCAGAGCCGUUCGACAGCUGUGGAACCGAGUUGACUCGGAUGAACUCGGAUUCAUCCGCCAUCACGCUAGAUGCUUCCAAAACUUCCUCGCCUCAGUGCGCGGCACCGUUUCCGAUUGACCAGUUAACAAAAUGGACAGAUCAUCAGCACCGUUUAUAUCUUAAUUCUUUAGAAGCUUCAUUUGUGAAUGAAUUGCACCAAUCCAUACAAUUACGUGGUUGGAGCUUACGACGUGACUCGAAGGAAGCUUUUAAGUCAAAAAAUUUGCAAAACUCACAGAAUAUGACCAAGCAGUUUCCGGUUAUGCAAGAUUGUUGCUGGAAGAAGAUCUGUGUUGAAAGAAAUGAACCCAUGCUAGAGAGCACAGCUGAUUCUCAUGUUCUUGCAGGAAGUUCAUCAAUACUUGCACCAGUAGCAAGAGGAUGCAUUACGAGAGAAUCUGAUGUUUAUGACUAUGGCAUGCUUUGUGAUGAGGAGAAUUGUGUUAGAGGUAUUUCAAAAUUUUCCAGGUGGUCACCAAGAAUCAUAGAGAAGUCAUGCCAUCGAGAAUCAGUUGGCUGUCCUGCAGCCAUUACAAUUUACUUUCAACACUUGGCAGAGGCAACUGAUCAAAAUUUCAAGAAUGAAGACCAAGGAGCAACUUCGAGCUGUAUGCCUAUGACGAAAAGGUUGAAGACAGCUACUGCUGGUGCUUCAAGCAAUGAUCAAGUUGUGCCUUCUGGAAACUUUCACAGGACUGAUGUCUCGUCUAAUAUUAAUCCAUUAUCAGAAAAUGAAGGACAAGAUGAAUUGCUGUCAGAACUCCCAGAGAGCUUCCAUGACGCAAAUUCUGUUCGGCAUCCAUUUCUAAGAGGAAGUUAAUUAGUUAUAACUCAGAAUUGAAGCCGGAUAUUUCACAGCAGAUGCUAAUGUAAAGGGAAAAUUCCGAUUGGCGCAUUUGAGAAUAUAUUUAGGGGCUUAUGCAAGGCAACUGAGGGACAGAGGAUUAUGAGAUACAAUAGGGUUUGGCAUUGGUACUUGGGAUAUCUAAAGAUGUUUCAUAUGAUGGAGUUCUAGGAAGAAAUUAAUGAUGGCCACACGAAUAGAUGUCGUGUAAAAAAUUAUAUAUAUAUAUAUAUAUAUAUAUUGUUUGCAUUAUUUUUUGGUGAAAGUAGGCACUUAACUAUCCAAGGUUGACAUUUCUUAAGUGAACUUCCCUCCAUUUUUUUCUGGUCUAAAGUAUUUCCAUAGUUGUUAGUCAUGAGAUUGAUCUCUCAAGAAAUUUAAACACCAUUUAAAUU